AUGGCGGAGGGUGUCGGAAAUGAGGCAGAUGUGAUUGUGGUCGGGGCGGGCAUUAUAGGCAGUGCCUGUGCUCGGCACAUUUUGGGUUUGAUACAGGACCCGGGGCUGCGGGUUCUGGUGGUGGCUCCUGGCGAGCCGGCCCUGCAGUGGAGCAACACGCACGCACAAUGGGACAAGACCCAUGCGGGUAGCUACGCGGCCCACUACGAUGAGGGGCGCAUCACCCGUACGAUCGAUGCUCAUCCUGUUUGGUCGCGACUGGCUCGAGCAUCUAUUGAUCGGUAUCGUGAUCUGGAGGUCCAGUCCGGCGUCAACUUUUACACCGAGUCUGGUUAUCUGCUGGUUGGGCGACCUCAAACUAAAGAUAGCUACUACGCCCAGGCGCGGCACACCGUGAUCUCGGAAGGCGUGUCUGCGGAAGUUUUGGACAGAGCGGCGCUCGGCGUCCGUUUCCCGGCACUUCAACUGCCUCCUCACUGCGAGGGUCUAUAUCAAGCUCGAGGAGCCGGGCAUAUCAGUCCUCGACGCAUGGUGGCGGCACAGCUAGCCUGUGUGCGUGCGGAUAGCCGAGCUACCCUCCUGAAUGCCACGGCCCAAGCAUGUACGCGGCAGGGAGAUGGUCAGAUCUGGGUGUUGUUGGACACGGGGGAAACGCUGUGUGCUCCAACUGUGAUCGUGGCGACCGGCGCCUUUACCGAACCUGCCCUGUUGUCCGGCUAUCGCUUGCCCUUGAACGUUCAUGGGCGCACAGUUCUACUCCGGGAUGUGACUGAUCUAACUGCUGAAGCUGGUCCCAGAGCUGCAGCACUCGCGUCCUUGCCCAGCCUCAUUUUGGACCUGGGGCCCCAUGAGCCGGGCCUGUGCGACGAUGUCUACCAGUUGCCCCCAAUUGAGUACGAGGAUGGCCGUCGCUACGUGAAGGUUGGUCGCCGUUCAACCCGCUUUGGGCAAGACAAAUAUAGUAGUGCACACGGCUGUCAAUCGCACACCCGCAUUACUCAUCUUAGCAUCUGCCUUGUGUGGGUCACCAUACACCGCAUCGGCGACGAGGAGGACCCGAACGUAGCUGUGGGCCCUCGGGGUCUCCACGCAGGCUUGUUUGCAGCCGUAGGAGGAAAUGGCGGGGCCGCCAAGUCGGGAGAUGAGAUUGGGCGCUUGGCUGCACUGAUGCUCCUUGAUCGCUGGGAUGACCGCUACCCUCGCGAGCCCUUUCUGCUCGCGGCCAACGUCACCCCCAUUGAUUGA